AUGGCACCCCACGAAGGCCUCAUCCACCCAAAAGAAUACGACAUCAAAGACAGCAACGUCGAGCUAAUCGGCAGCGACAUCGACCACCGCGUGAAGUACAACUCCGCCCUCACCGAACCCGCCUGGCAAGACCUCCCCCAAGAACCCGGCCUGAGCAUCUGGCGCAUCGAGAACUUCCAAGUAAUCCCGUGGCCGAAAUCCAAAACCGGGCAGUUCUACGACGGCGACAGCUUCAUCGUGCUGCACACGUACAAGGUCGACACCAAGCUCGCCUACGACAUCUUCUUCUGGCUCGGUAGCAAGACCACACAAGACGAAGCCGGCGUCGCGGCUUACAAGACCGCCGAGCUGGACGAGUUCCUGCACGGCGUGGCGACGCAGCAUCGGGAGGUGCAGGAACACCCUUCUGACGAGUUCCUUGCUUUGUUCCGGAAUUACGCGGUCCGGUCUGGUGGUGUGCGCUCGGGAUUCACGCAUGUCGAACACGAGCCGCGGGAGGAUGUUCUGACGUUACUGCGUAUCUUUAAACACCCAGGCAUUGCGCGUGUGGAUUCGUUGAUCGUGCAUGAGGUCGAGCCGACAUGGCAGAGUCUGGAUGAGAAUGAUGUGUUUGUUUUGGAUAAGGGGGAUAAGAUCUGGGUUUGGCAGGGGAGGAAGUGUAGUCCGAUGGAGAAGGCGAAGGCGGCGCAGGUGGUUAAUGAUAUGACGCAGGCGAAGCAUGUUGAUGUUGAGGUGCUGUCGCAGCUGGAGUCGAGGUCGAAGAUCUUUGUUGAUUUGCUGGGUGGGAGGGAUGUCGCGCCGUCGACGUUGGAGGCGGCUAGACCUGGGCGCUUUGCGAAGAAGGAUGUUGAUGAGGGUGUUCGCUCGCGCAGGCUGUUCAGACUCAGUGAUGCUGCUGGGGACUUGUCGCUUGAUCUUGUUAAGGAUGGGCGGGUUGACCGGUCUGACUUGGAUGGUAAAGAUGUCUUCCUUUACGAUGCUGGGAACAGACUCUGGGUUUGGCAGGGGUCUGAAGCCAGUGCGAGUGAGAAGGCGAUGUGGCUCAAGGUUGCGCAAUUCUAUGUUCGGAAGAUCCAGGAAAGCCAGGAAUCGUCCGAGGCGUAUCUCACGCCGAUUUCGAAGGUUGCGCAGGGCUAUGAGAGCCCGGCAUUCUUGAAGGCUUUGAAGGUAUAA